AUAUUUUCAUCACAUCACAUCCAAACCACAAAAAGAAAAUGGCAGCACGAGUUUCAACAGCCUUCUCCAUUCCAAUGCUGAUGAUAUUAUUCAUCACACUGGUUUAUGAAGCCCACGCUGAAUUCCCACAACCCACGGGCCGUCAAACAACAUACGUGUUCUACCUGCAAGACACAACAACAGGGCCUAAUGCGACAGUUGCAGCAGUGGCGGGCAUCAAGGGAAGGAAUUGGAACUUCAACACAUUUGGAAGCAUGUUUGUGGUUGAUGAUCCAGUGACGGUGGGCCCAAGCCCAUCGUCGGCGAUAGUGGGCCGGGCCCAAGGCAUGCUGGUGGUGUCGUCUCGUGACGGAACUAAUGUGAACGCGGUGCUUUCGGUUGUGUUCAGCAGUUGGCAGUACAAUGGUAGCACGUUGGAGCUGCAAGGGAUUAAUCGGCAGAAUGAGAAUGUUAGAACGUUAUCUGUGGUGUCUGGAACUGGCCAAUUUCGUUUUGCCAGAGGCUAUGCUGCUUUGCAAACUGUGGCUUAUGAUCCUGUAUCUGCACGCUCCACCGUUCGCUUCACCAUAACCUUACAAAUUUGAUCAAAAUUAAGAAUAUUUGGUUGUGUAUUAGUGCUUCUUUGCUUCUAAAUAAUAUUACAUCAACCAUUUUAACUAGUAUAAUAAUGAGCAUUCAUGUUACUGGA